AUGGCGGAAGAAUUGUUGCUACCGGCGACUAGUCCAGCCAUGCAUGUUCUGAAAUCCCACCCCAUGCUUAGCCGCAAAGCAUGCGAGCGAUCGUUGCAUCUGGGCGGCUACCAUCUGCAGGCGCAUCUCCGAACUCUUCGCCUGUGCCCAAUCAGAUCGGGGUUCUCGAUUGCGCCAUCAACUCGCUUGCAUGCAUUUGCUGUAGAAGAGCCCAGGGAGACUGGGCGCAGAAAUCUCGUCGGCCACAUGGAGAAAUGGUUCUUCUCGCACUACGUCAGGAAUAUGAAGAAGCAUGCGCGGGAGAUAGAUAGAGUGCACCAAGCUCCAGGUCUCAAACAAGCAGGGAUUUCACGAGGAGACGGCAGGCUUAACCCUCGCCCAGCCCGUUGCUUUGCAGCUCCCGAGAAAGCACCAAGCGUGAUGGGCAAGACCAGCGCACAAAUGAUCAACCCAGGUCGGCAAAAGUUCCUUUCCUACUGCACCUAUUUCACCAACAAGCCUUUUCCCCGAAGCACCAGGUCAAACCUCGCAGCGAGACAGGGGCAAAGAGCCGAUCCACCGAGCUGGCCAGUGGGAAUCCAGUCCUGGGCGGCAAAGCGGGGAAGCGAGCCACAGCGGGAUGACAGCCAAGCCGGUGAAUGGUCGGUGGCGCCAGGGACAGUUUGGUCGUGGCUCCACUUUAACUUUGAAGGCGCGCUGGUUGGCCUCGAAGGACAAGGUACCACUUGGCACGACUUUCUGCUGAAAUUCUACCCUAUAGCUGGGAAUGCUAUCAUACUUCGACCCCGAACCGAGUCGAGGCUAAAACCCGCCCACCUCACUGCACAACCCAAGAACCCCCAAGCGCAGAAGAUCGAACCAAAACGGGAAACCGACAAGGUCGAAAGAAGCAACUGA